AUGGGGAGGGCACUUCCGGUCGGCCCUGCAGGAUGGUCUGUGGCUCAGUGGUUAAAGGCGGGUCUCCUGUUUGUGUGCUGGGCUGUGACUGGCUGCUGGGAGCCACGAGGAGAGCGGGUGAGCACUGAAUCCAACAUGGAUGCAGUGACCUAUGAGGAUGUGCAUGUGAACUUCACUCAUGAAGAGUGGGCUUUGCUGGAUCCUUCCCAGAAGAGUCUCUACAAAGAUGUGAUGCUGGAAACCUACUGGAACCUCACUAUUGUAGGGUACAGAUGGGAAGACCACAAUAUUGAAGAACAUUAUCAAAAUUCUUCAAGACAUGGCAGGUGUGUCAUCUGUCACUCUGGAUACAAUCCAUGUGAGCGUAAGGGACAUGGAAGGAAGCAUUGUAGUUCUGUCUCUCUCAGAACAAGUGGAAGGUAUAUGGUAGUCCCCACUAUGAGAAGACAUGAUGACUGUGAUACAAGUUUACAAUUAAUUGGUUUUCCAACUUCAGUGGGAAUUCAUCAACAAACUCUCAUUGGAGAAAAUCCUCAUAAGUACCAGGAAUAUGGAAAUUCAUCUCUCUCUACUGGUUCACUGUGCACAUGUAGUGUGGCUCACAGUAUAAGAAAAUGUUAUGAAUGCAAUCAGUGUGGUCAGACCCUGAGUUCUUCAAAUUUUCUUCAAAGAUAUGAAAGAGCUCAUGUGGGAAGAGAAAAUAUUAAAUGUGAGUCAUCUACUAAAGGCUUCAGGCUUGACAGGCAUCGUCAAACACACCAAAGAACCAAUAAUGAAGAGGCUCUCUAUGAAUGUAAUCAAUAUGAUAAAGCCUUUAUAUCUGAUUGCUCUUUAGAAGUAUGCCAAAGAACACAUUUGGAAGGAAAAUUCUAUGAGUAUAAUCAAAGCUAUAAAGCCUUUAUAUGUCACAGUCUUCAUCAUCACGUACAUAGAAUUCAAACUCAAAAGAAAUGCUAUGAAUGUAAUCAAUGUAGUAAAGCCUUUGUACAGAUGAGUGAUCUUCACAGACAUGAAAGAAUUCAUACUGGAGUGAAACGCUAUGAGUGUAAUGAAUGUGGUAAAGUAUUUGCACGAAAGAGUAAUCUUCAAAGUCAUGAAAGAAUUCAUACUGGAGAGAAACCAUAUGAAUGUAAUCAAUGUGGUAAAGCCUUUACACAGAAGAGUCAUCUUGAAAGUCAUGAAAGAAUUCAUACUGGAGAGAAACCCCAUGAAUGUAAUCAUUGUGGUAAAGCCUUUGCAAUGAAGAGUUAUCUUCUCAGCCAUGAAAGAAUUCAUACUGGAGAGAAACCUUAUGAAUGUAAUCAAUGUGGUAAAGCCUUUGCACAGAAGGUUUAUCUUCAAAGUCAUGAAAGAAUUCAUACUGGAGAGAAACCCUAUAAUUGUCAUCAUUGUGGUAAAGCCUUUGCAAGAAAGUGUUCUCUUGUUAUCCAUGAAAGAAUUCAUAGUGGAGAGAAACCCUAUGAAUGUAAUCAGUGUGGUAAAGCCUUUGUAUUGAAGAGUCAUCUUCACAAGCAUGAAAGGAUUCAUACUGGAGAGAAACCCUAUGAAUGUAAUCAAUGUGGUAAAGCCUUUGUACAGAAGAGUAACCUUCUAGGUCAUGAAAGAAUUCAUACUGGAGAGAAACCAUAUAAAUGUAAUCAAUGUGGUAAAACCUUUGCACAUAAGAUUUAUCUUCAAAGUCAUGAAAGAAUUCAUACUGGAGAGAAACCCUAUGAAUGUAAUCAAUGUGGUAAAGCCUUUGUACAGAAGAGUUAUCUUCUCACCCAUGAAAGACUUCAUACUGGGGAGAAACCGUAUAAAUGUGUCCAAUGCGGUAAAGCCUUUGCAUUGAAGAGUAUUCUUCACAAUCAUGAAAGAGUUCAUACUGGAGAGAAACCCUAUGAAUGUAAUCAAUGUGGUAAAGCCUUUGUACAUAAGAGUAGCCUUCUACGUCAUGAAAGAAUUCAUACUGGAGAGAAACCGUAUAAAUGUGACCAAUGUGGUAAAACCUUUGCUCAGAAGGUUAGUCUUCAAAGUCAUGAAAGAAUUCAUACAGGGGAGAAACCCUAUGAAUGUAAUCGAUGUGGUAAAGCCUUUGUACAGAAGAGUGGCCUUCUAAGUCAUGAAAGAAUUCAUGCUAGACAGUACCAUAUGGAUAUAAUCAAUGUGGUAAUUUCAGAUGUGAGCUGCCAUGUGGGUGAUGGAAACUGAAUUGUGUUUUCUACAAGAGGUACUUGCUGGAGUCCAGUGUCAUAGGCUUCAGGUCCCAAAGAAGAGAUCAGGCAUCAGUAGAGGAAGGAGACUGCCAUGAUUUGAAAAACAACUACAUGUUUUAUGCUCUAUAACUGAAUCUUAGUUUAGACUCAAGCAGGUUAAAAACAGACUUAAUGGUUCCAGGAUAAAAGUAGCCAUCAACCUCAUUACAGCAUUUUUCCUGGGGCAAAAAGUGAUAAAUUCAGCAAGUAUCUUCAUGCCUUUCUAGAU